CAAACCGCUUUCUUUGCCGUCGCCGUGCACGCGCCUUCUUCCAUCCAGCAACGGCUCCCUCAUCUUUUUUUCUGAAGUUGUGCUGAGACGGAACGCGCUUUUCCUCUAAACAGGGAUGGACGCUUUAAAUCAACACAACAACCUUUUCUGCCGCCUGGAGUAACGUGAUAUGACUCCUAAUAGAGUAGAGUAGUGCGGGUUCUUGUUUUAGGCCUAUUUUCUUUUCUUUCUUGAACCAGGAACAGGCUGAAGAGAGACGGAUACAGAGAGCGGCUGGGCCGUGACCGUGUUUGUGUGGAUUGGCUGUUAGCUAGCUAGCGACUUUAGAUUUGAGCAUCCGUUUUCUUCGCUUUCGUCUCUUUAUAUUUGUCGGGUAAAUACACCGAUUUAUUGGUUUCCCCUCCGUUGUCUGAAUAAAAGAACGAAAUUUGGUUUGAGGGUAGAUUUUCUCCUUAAAGAAGCACCUCUCAUUUUACUGCUAAACCCGAGAAAACAAACAGGAGGACCGCCAGAAGCUGGAGCUAACUACAGGAGAGACAGGGCUACUAUUUUGUAUGUAACGUGGACCAUUCUUCUGUACCGUUAUGGACAAGUGUAUGGAUAUAACCGCCACACUUUCCCCAAAUUGCUCCGUUUUCAGUUUGCUAGUAAUUUGCUGCAUAUCCAAUAUAAAGUAGGGUUCGCUCCGUGUCGUGCUUUUUACUGCAGCAGAAUUAUAAUUCACUGCGUGACUAGAGCUAGCUAGCUAGUUAGCCAACUUAGUUGUUUUAAGAAUUAGUGGCCUGUAGGGUUGGUUUUAGUUCUUGUUUUAAUUUGCAUCUCUUUCAAACGGCAGAGAUGUCGUUUUUCAACCUGCGGAAGAUCUUUAAGAUCGGCAUCGACAAAAAGAAAAAACAGUACGAGCACGUUCACAGAGACGUGAAUCCGGAGGAAGUGUGGGAGAUUGUCGGAGAGCUCGGAGAUGGAGCCUUCGGAAAGGUCUACAAGGCUCAGAACAAGGAAACCGGUGUACUUGCAGCUGCUAAAGUGAUUGACACCAAAACAGAAGAGGAGCUGGAAGACUACAUGGUUGAGAUAGAUAUCCUUGCUUCCUGUGACCAUCAGUACAUAGUUAAGCUGCUUGAUGCAUUCUACUUUGAGAGCAAGUUAUGGAUACUUAUUGAGUUUUGUGCAGGAGGUGCAGUCGAUGCUGUCAUGCUGGAGCUGGAGCGGCCCCUGACAGAGCCACAGAUCCGUGUGGUGUGUAAACAGACCCUAGAUGCACUGACUUAUCUUCAUGAGAACAAGAUCAUCCACAGAGAUCUGAAAGCUGGAAAUGUACUGUUUUCUGGAGAUGGUGACGUCAAGUUGGCUGACUUUGGAGUGUCUGCAAAAAACACUAGGACCCUACAAAGAAGAGACUCCUUCAUUGGGACUCCUUACUGGAUGGCCCCUGAAGUGGUAAUGUGUGAAACAUCAAAAGACAGACCAUAUGACUACAAAGCGGACAUCUGGUCCCUUGGGAUCACUCUGAUCGAGUUGGCACAGAUUGAGCCGCCCAAUCAUGAGAUGAACCCUAUGAGAGUCCUGCUUAAAAUAGCCAAGUCGGAGCCCCCUACACUCAUGCAGCCUUCGCGAUGGUCUCCAGAGUUCAGUGAUUUCCUGAAAAAAGCUCUGGAUAAGAAUGUAGACCAUAGAUGGAGUGCAGCGCAACUCCUACAGCAUCCAUUUGUUGCAAGUGUAACUGAUAACAGACCUCUGCGUGAGCUUGUUGCUGAGGCUAAAGCAGAAGUGUAUGAGGAGUUUGAGGAUGGCAAAGAAGAAGAGGAAGAAGAGGAGACAGACUCACAGCUUGAUGGGAGGGGACAUAAGCGUGCCCUAUCUGAAAUCAGCACUGGCAGCUUGGAGGACGAGAAGCUUUCUGAGAAUGCGUCUACACUGGAAUCAGUCACUGAGAAAGCUGAGCCACAAGCAAAACCCACAACAGCUGAGGACAGUAAGAGAAGCUCAGCUGUGGCUCUGGAUUCCUAUGAGCCUGUCCAUACUAAGGGAGAGAGCAGAAAGGCAGCUGCAAUUGUGGACCUCAGUCCUAAAGACUCAAAUGCUGCAGACAAGAGCAUGUCGAACCAGGAAGAAGUCCAGACUUUAGAAAGCGCUGCUGAGGAGAAGAUUCCUGAAGUUCCAGAAACCCAGAAAGAUGUUGUCCAGAUGACAGUGACUGUCAGUGAAGAGACUGGAGAGGAAGAAAAGGCACAGUUUAAGUUAAAUGAACCUUCUGAGAGCCGUGAGGAAGAAAAUAAAAUGGGAGAUGAACAAAAAGAUCAGCAGGUGGAAGAGAAGGAGGAUUUGAAGCCAAAACCCAUAGUGGAGGAAUGUUCUGAACCACAGAAAGGUUUCCCUGAAGAUCCUGUUGGAAAACAGGGUGAAGUGUGUGUGGAUGAUGACACCGGAAAGAACUUGUUUGAGAUUGAAGUAGAGAAGAAGAAAGAGGAUGUUCAGCAGGAGAAAGUGGGAGAAGAAACUGUUUUUGAUAAGCCUGCAGAUGUAGAAAAGAAAGAGGAGAGUGAAGAAAAGGAGCUACAACUACAAGCUGAAGAGGACCAAACUAAAACUGAAGUAGAUGCUAAGGAAUUUAUACAAGUGGAAAAUAAAGCUGAGUCAGUGAACAAUAUCGUUGUGAAAGACAUUUCUGUGGAGACAGAGAAAAAUGUGAAUGAAAAUAAGACCUCAGUGGAUGUCUCAGCCGUCAUUAUUAUUAAUGGAGAAAAAGAUGAAGUGGACAACAUGUCAAAUAAAAACCCAGUAACGAAUCACGAGCAGUCUGCAUCCUCAGAAGCAGCAGCAGAGGAUGAGGUAGAUCAGAAACGUGCUGUGGCAAUUAAACCUGAUAUUGAGAAGGAUUCUGAUUCAGGAAGCAGCUCAGCAGCAGAUACCAACAGCAUUGACAUGAACCUAUCUAUCUCCAGCUUCCUAUCCAGAAGUAAAGAGGGAUCAAUUUCCAUACAGGAUUCCAAAUACCAGAAGAAGACCCUGAAAAAGACACGCAAGUUUAUGGUGGAUGGGGUGGAGGUCAGUGUCACCACAUCGAAGAUAGUUACAGAUAAUGACACCAAGAGCGAAGAACUGCGGUUUUUAAGGCGUCAGGAGCUGCGUGAGCUGAGGCUUUUACAGAAGGAAGAGCAAAGAGCCCAUCAACAGCUCACCAAUAAACUACAGCAGCAGAAAGAGCAACUGUUCCGGCGCUUUGAGCAGGAGAUGACAGGAAAGAAGCGUCAGUAUGACCAAGAGAUUGAGAACCUAGAGAAGCAGCAGAAACAGUCUGUUGAGCGUAUGGAACAAGACCACACCAAUCGUCUCAGAGAUGAGGCUAAGAGGAUUAAAUCUGAACAAGACAAGGAGCUCUCCAAGUUCCAGAACAUGCUAAAGAACCGCAAGAAAGAGGGUGUGGCCCAGGUUAUGAUACAGUCUUUUCAGUUGUCCUCAUGUGCUCUGUUCAACGCUCAGAUGCAGGAUGAACAAGAGUUUCUGCAAAAGCAACAACAGGAGCUGGACAGUGCUCUGAAGAAGAUCAUCCAGCAGCACAAACUGGAGAUUGCCACAAUAGAACGAGAUUGUCUCAACCAUAAACAGCAGCUUAUGAGAGCCCGUGAGGCAGCUAUGUGGGAGCUGGAGGAGCGCCACCUGCAGGAGAAACACCAGUUGCAGAAGCAGCAGCUGAAAGAUCAAUACUUCAUGCAGAGGCACCAGCUCCUAAAGAGACAUGACAAGGAAAUGGAGCAGAUGCAGGGUUAUAAUCAGCGCCUGAUAGAAGAGAUGAAAAACAGGCAGGCUCAGGAGAGAGCCCGACUACCGAAGAUCCAGCGCGGGGACGGAAAGACCCGUAUGGCCAUGUUUAAGAAAAGUCUGCGCAUCACUGGCACAGGAACCCCAGAGCAGGACAGAGAGAAAAUUAAGCAGUUUGCAGCACAGGAGGAGAAGAGACAGAAGAACGAGCGACUUCACCAGCACCAGAAGCAUGAGAACCAGAUGAGAGACCUUCAGCUUCAGUGUGACUCCAACAUCAGAGAACUUCAACAGCUACAGAAUGAGAAGUGCCAUGUGUUAAUUGAGCAUGAGACUCAGAAGCUGAAGGAGCUGGAUGAGGAGCACAGUCAAGAGCUUAAAGACUGGAGAGAGAAGCUUCGUCCCAGAAAGAAGGCCCUUGAAGAAGAGUUCACUCGGAAGAUGCAAGAACAGGAGGUCUUCUUUAAAAUGAGUGGGGAAUCCGAGUGCCUAAACCCCACUGCCCAAAGUAGAGUUUCUAAGUUCUACCCUAUUCCUAGUGUUCAUUCAUCUGGCUCAUAACCCAGAUCAUACAAGGCUAUAGAAGGCUUUGUAGAUGCAGCAUCAGCCUGGUGCUUCUUCUGUGUCUGACCUUCCACUGUACUUGAUGAGAGGAACAUCGGAUUGUUGUAAAAGAAGUUCACUUGAACAUGGAAGGGACUAAACAGCAUUACAGCAAUGGAAAACGAGUUAAUUAGUAAAUUACCCACUGUUAAACUAUGAAUCCAAUGGAUUAACAUUUUAUUCAUUUCCUUUAGUCUGCUGGGAGUUUUGCAUGACUAUGGCACUAGCAGAGAUUAGACACGGAUACAAUCUUUCUUGGAGAAAUUGAUUAUUAGAAGCAAACAUCCGAUGACUAAAUUCUGUACAAGGUCUCUGAUGUCUGAUUUCUAAUCUGAUUAUGGUAUAACAUGAUAAUUUAUUCCCUAACUCAUUGGUUCUGUAGAUCACCAACAACCUCGUGAGUGUGUUUGUGUGUAUAUGAAGCACAGAUAUAUUGUCAAAUUUGAGCUGCCUUUUGUCUUUUAAUUUUCUUUUCAAUGUUUUCCACUGUUUGGGAGUCUUUAGUCUUUUAUUGUUCCUAUUUUGUUUCAGCAAUUGUAUGGCCUGUCAAAACUCCAAUAUAAACUGAGGGAAGGUAAGAAAUUAAUGGGGCAAAAUUUUAUACCGAUAUAAAAGCAUAUUGUACAAGUUCUUCUAUAUGUUGUGAAAGGUCAAAAGCAGCUUCUCAUAUGUGCACAAUAUUAAACCCGCUUCUAAACUUGCAGCUUCGCAAUAUAUAAGAUGACUACAGACGAGAGGAAGUGGGUUGCCUGCGCUAUGGCCUUGAAGGGAAACUUAAGUUUGCAGGUUAAUUGCGAAUGUAAUGUUUCACUAUUUGAAAAAGAAAGAACAGUGUGAUUGCGUGUUCAAUUACCUGUUUUGUCCAGUGCUUUCUUUAUAUGAAGAAUUAAUUACACAGAGUGUACAUUGGUACAGUAGUGCAGAUACUACUCGGUUUACUCUGGUUCAUUUCAACUUGUUGAUAAAUGGGGUGGACUUGGUGUCUGGAUGUAUGACAGUGUCCAUCAUUGGCAAGAUACAAAAUACAUUUUUUCAACUAUUUCUAUGUAUCUGUUUUAGUCAUGCAAGAAUACCACAAGUGCAUAAAUAUUGCUAUUUGGCUGAUGCGCAUGUGGUCUCAUCUUACAGUAUCUCAAAGUGCGUCCUAUGCAGCCUUGACACAGCUCCUCCCAUUUAGGGACCAUAACAACUGUUUCAGACGGAGUAUUGCUUAGUGACAGAGUAGAGGGAGUGCAAAUGAGCUCCCAGCAUGCCCUGUGUAUAAUCGACAGCUGGUUCUAGCCGCUAAGCAGUAGGAGCACAUCUGCGCAGAGAACUGUGCUUUUAUCAGAUGCGUCUAAUUUUAUUGAUUUGCUUUUCAGGAUUUUUUUUUUAAAGAAUCACACAGUGCAUUUUCUGUACUAUAUUUACAAUUCUGUCAUAUCUGUCCAUUCUACUCUUGCAUGCUGAAAUCCUAAAUGCUGGAUUUGACUGAAAACUGGAGCUCUUUGGACUAUACUCUCUAAGUCCCAUUGUACUAGCACAAGCUUCAGUUGAAUCCUUAGAGCUGCAUAUAAUACAUAACAGAUCAGGAUAUUAGCCACUGGGAUAGCAACAAGUUAUUCUGGGCAUUUUAUUUGACUGGAUCGUGGAAUUUGUGGCACUUUUGUUAUGUCUAAAGCAUUUUUCUAAUUGAUUUGGCCAAUAUACUGAAUAGCUGGUGUCAUGCUGUAAAUAAAAUCUUCUCAUUGUAUUUUA